AUGGCUCCAAACCCAGCCAACCGGCGCUCCUCCGCCAAGGAGGACGACUUUGUGCUCACGCUCUCCGACGACGAAGAGACUCCUCGCUUCGACGACGAGGAAGAGGAUGUCACCGAAGUACCAACGUUAAAGGACACCAAGAAGCGCAAGCGCGAGACCACCGAAGCACCUGCCAAAGGCAAGAACAAGAAUAAGAAAAGCAAGACCCAAUCAGCCGCUAAAGCAGCAGCCGAGCCCUCUGACGCCGCUGACGAAAGCGAAGAUGACGCCGGCGAGGAAGAUGAAGCCCUGGAUCCGGACUUCGAGUUCGAUGUCGGCGGCGCGACGAGUGGUGUUACGGAAGGGUUUGAUGGGUGGGGGAUUGGAGAGAGUGACAAGCAGCAACAGCAGCAAAAAAAUGGCGACAAGAAGGCUGUGGAUAUUGAUGAUAUUAUCUCGCGGAGAAGGGAGAGGAAGGAACUUCUUUCCAAGAAGAACGCCAAGAAGGUUGAGGAGGUGGAAGAGGCCGGCAGUGGUGAUGAGGAUGAUGUGGUUUCUGAUGCUGGGGAGGUUGAUUUUAAGGAUGAUGAGUUGAUGGCUGAUGAUGCGUUCGGUAUGGGCGUUGAUGGUGAAGAGGAGAGUGAGGCUGAAGGGCCUGAAGUUGGUUCUGGGCCUGAAUCGGACGACGAGGACGAGGACGAUGAUGAGGACGAUGAUGCGGCAUCUGAUAAUGAUUCCGUUGCUACACCCGUUGGUCACCCUGAUGAUAUUGGAUCGGAUCGGGGCUCGGAUGACGAGAGCGAGGUCGACGCCGAAGAGCAAGAGAAGCGCAAAGCGUUCUUCGCCCCCGAAGAGAAGACAGACGCCCAAACAGCAGCAGCAGCAGCCAAGAGCACCUUCCAAGACUUCAAUCUCUCCCGUCCUAUCCUCCGCGGGCUGGCCUCAGUCGGAUUCACCGACCCAACCCCCAUCCAGCGCAAGGCCAUUCCCGUCGCUCUUCUCGGUAAGGAUAUUGUCGGUAGCGCCGUGACAGGAUCCGGAAAGACGGCCGCAUUCAUGGUCCCCAUCCUGGAACGACUUCUCUUCCGCCCUCGCAAGGUUGCCACCAGCCGGGUUGCAAUUCUGAUGCCAACGCGUGAAUUGGCUGUGCAGUGUUACAAUGUGGCCGUUAAAUUGGCCACUUUUACGGACAUUACAUUCUGUCAGCUUGUUGGUGGAUUCAGUCUGCGUGAGCAGGAGAAUAUUCUCAAGAAGCGACCGGAUGUUAUUAUUGCUACGCCUGGUCGUUUUAUCGAUCAUAUGCGCAAUUCACCUAGCUUCACGGUGGAUACAUUGGAGAUUCUGGUGCUCGAUGAAGCAGACCGAAUGCUGGAGGAUGGAUUCGCAGACGAACUGAACGAAAUUCUGACAACUAUCCCGAAAUCGCGACAGACGAUGCUCUUCUCUGCUACCAUGACCGACACGGUGGAUAAGCUCAUUCGCGUGGGUCUCAACCGACCCGUGCGGCUGAUGGUUGACGCGAAGAAACACACAGCCGUGACGCUAGUUCAGGAGUUUGUUCGUCUGCGACCCGGCCGUGAAGACAAGCGUCUUGGAUAUCUGCUCCACCUGUGCAAGGAAAUUUACACGGGGCGGGUGAUUAUCUUCUUCCGACAGAAGAAGGAGUCGCACCGCGUUCGCAUUAUCUUCGGGCUGUUGGGCUUGAAAGCGGCUGAGUUGCACGGUAGCCUGAGCCAGGAACAGCGUAUCAAAAGCGUGGAGAACUUCCGGGAUGGAAAAGUCGCCUUCCUCCUGGCAACCGACCUGGCGUCGCGUGGUCUGGAUAUCAAGGGCGUGGAAACGGUCAUCAACUACGAGGCCCCGCAGAGCCAUGAAAUCUACCUGCACAGAGUCGGUCGUACCGCGCGUGCGGGCCGCUCCGGUCGCGCAUGCACUAUCGCCGCCGAGCCCGAUCGCAAGGUCGUCAAGGCGGCCGUGAAAUCGGGCAAAGCGCAGGGCGCCAAGAUCGCCAGCCGGGUCGUCGACCUGGCCGUGGCGGACGACUGGGCCCAGAAAGCGGAGGAUCUGGCGGAUGAAGUCGAGGAGAUUCUGCAGGAAGAAAAGACCGAGAAGCAGCUCUCGCAGGCGGAGAUGCAGGUGACCAAGGGCGAGAACCUGGUCAAGCACGGCAGCGAGAUCAUGGCGCGGCCGAAGCGGACAUGGUUCGAGACGGAGCGGGACAAGCGCGCGUCGCGCAAGCUGGGUGCUGAGGCGCUCAAUGGGCCCAAUGCGCGGAGUAAGAAGGAUAAGGGCAAGUUGAGCAACAAGGACAAGAAGCGGCUGGAUGACGCGAAGGAGCGGCACGAGGGCACGAUGGGGUGGAAGAAGGGGAAGAAUGAGCGCGAGGCCAAGGAGGUGAAGGGGAAGAAGAAGGGCAAGAAGGCCCCGACGCUUUCCUAUACCAAACAGCUCGAGUCCCGCGUCGCUCAGUUGGAGGAUGCGCUGUCCAAGGUGUCGAGCCCGCAACAUCAACAGCAGCAGCAAUUACAGAUAGAACAUGAGACGCGCAACAAGGCCAGCAACUCGCCUGCGUCCGUGGCCGAGUCCGGCUCCAGCGCGGGCCGGAAAUUCCACCCCGAGGAAGAAGAUCCCCAUGAGCUGGCGAGGAACUUUGAGGGCCUGAAUAUUGAGAAUGACGGGCGCAUCUCGUUUCAUGGGCCGACGAGUUUGUUUCAGUUGCCUAGUGGCAUUGUGAAUGAGACGGCGUCGAGCUCGCAUUUUCUGCAUGAGCUCGAGGCUAGGAAGGAGAGGUUGAUUAAUAGUGCCUGGCGGGAGAGGGCGUUUGAGCAGAUGGCUGCGAUGCCGCCCCAGAUUGGGCCUUUACUCGAUCAAUUCGAUGGUGGGGACAAGUUUUUCCACCACGCUGUGACGGGACUCUUCGACUCUCUACCAGUCGGCUACGCGGGCAUCCCGACCAUUCAGACCCUGCUUCUUCUCAGCGCGCAGGAGUGCGGGCGCGGAAAUCGCACCCAGGCCUGGCUGUACAGCGGCAUGGCAUUCCGAUUGCUGGAUGACUUGGGUAUCUCGAUCGACAGUCGGAAAUACCAUGGAGCUGCGCAGUUGAACGAUGAAGAUAUCGAGAUUCGCAAUCGGCUGUUUUGGAGUUGUUAUUUUUGGGACAAGGUCGUCUCCUUGUAUUUCGGUCGCUCGCCGACGAUGCAGCACUCGCGAGUCAGCCCGCCGCGCAUGAUCAUGGACGACACCUCUGAAGUGGAAAUAUGGACCCCUCAUGGUGUUGAAUUUCCAGAUGGUGCUCAUUACCCGCCUACCCAGGCCCAUUCGACCUCAUGUUUCAUGAAAAUGUGUGGCCUAGCAGAAGUGCUCAACCAGAUCCUCAUUCACGUAUAUGACCCUAUGCGCCAGACUACCGCUUCGGAAUUAUACGACUGCAUCCAAGAGCAAGCAAGAUAUCUAAGCGACUGGUGGGACGACCUGCCCGAUUUUUUAAAACUUGUGGCAACAAACCUACCCUCAUACUGUCCACCAAGCCACAUCAUGAUCCUGAACUGCAUGUACCAUACCAUUAAUAUUCUGCUGCAUCGUCCCAUCCUGUGUUCCCGGGAACUUGUCAAAACAAGACAAGAGCAGUACGACACGAGCCAUCUAGUUCAAUGUAUGGCGUCGGCGACAUCGAUCUUGUCUCUGUUUGACCUGUACCGCCGCACCUUCGGCGACAGCCACGUCGUGCUCUCCCUCGCCUACAGCAUCUACACGGCGGCAUCGAUUUUCCUGCUGGAGAUCCAGGCGCUGAAGUACGCUGCGCCAGGGACGCUGGAUAAACUCAAGUUCUGCAUCUUUGCACUCGAAAGAGUCAAGGUGUCUAAUCCAGUUAUGACAACUGCCCUCAGCCUCAUUUAUCAAGAACUUCAGAAACUUCAAAUCGAUAUUCACAUAACCACGUCCGCCCCGGGCCCAGAACAUAAACAGCAGCAGCAACAACAGCAGCAACAACAGCAUCCCCAUUCGCCAUCCGUGGAUAGCGACACGCACCCUCACCUCUCACCAAGUCACCAGCCUGGACAACACCCCAACCCACAGAACCAGGUACCACCACCACCACACCCCAGCACUUCCAACCCCAUGAUGCCUAGCUACAACAAUACAUUCCCCCAGCAUCAAGUUGCAACCUUCGACCUCUCACACACACCCGACCUGCCCCAGAUGCCAUCGAACCAUCUGCUGGGUGGCAUGCCGAACGCCGUGAUGACAGUCGACGAUCUGGGCUCCUAUCAGAUCACACCGGAAGUAUUUGAGGCUUUCUCGUAUACGCAGCCUAUCUCGACGAAUAUGACGCCGGCUUUUGGUUCUGGUUGGAGCACACCGCCUGCAUGA